UAGGACCACUCCCAUGGCAUAUGGAGGUUUCCAGGCUAGGGGUCUAAUCGGAGCUACAGCUGCCAACCUACACCACAGCCACAGCAACUCGAGAUCCCAGGCACAUCUGCAACCUACACCACAGCUCACAGCAACGCCGGAUCCUUAACCCAUUGAAUGAGAAUAGGGAUCGAACCCACAACCUCAUAGUUCCUAGUAGGAUUCCUUUCUGCUGCACCACGCCGGGAACUCCAUCAAAUCUGCAUUUCUGAAAGACCAUUCCAGUGGGGAGAAGGAGGAAAGCCAGGAAGCUGGGAGAGCCGUGGGGAGGCUGCUGCAGUGAGGCAUGGAGAGAACACGGCACCCUGGAUGAGGAAUGCUGGCAAUGGGUGGGGAGAGGUGGGUUUAAGGGGCAUUAGGAGGAAAAAUCAGCAGAACUUGGUGGCAGGUUGGAUGUGGGGAGAAAGGGGCAGGGAGUUAAGGAGGACCCUCCGGGACUUGGCUUGGACUGGGCGAAUGGCCAGAUAAACCAGUGCAGGUUGGAGCACUCUCCGGGCUGGACUCCCCAGGAGGACAGGCUCCUUGCAGAAAGACAAUGAGCUUAGUUUUGAACAAACUGUUCAGGGCCUGUGGGGGACCGCCAAGAAAUCCAAGAGGCAGUGGCACAUGUGUGUCUGGGUCUCAGGAGAGGGCUCUGGGCUGGAGAGGAAGAUGGUGAGUGGCGGGGGGAUAGGCGCUGGUCGAAGGCAAGAGAGGGAAUAGAUGACCUCGGGUGUUUGUGUAGCAGGAGAGGGUCGAAGAGCGAACUCUGGGGGCAGGUUCAUCUUUCAUGGGGGGUAGAGGGAGGCGGACCUGCAGAGGAGCUUGAGUAGCGUCAGCCAGAGAGGCAAGAGGAAAACCAGGAGAAAAUUACUGUCCUGUGUCACACGGUGGGAGUGGCCACGGGCAUGCCGGCUGCAGAGGACAAGGAAGAUCAUGCGGAGGAGUGUCCAGUGGAUGGAGAGGGUCGGGGAGCCCUGGUGACCAUGGCAAGGACCCUGUCCCUGGAGCGGGGGUAGGGGAGGGAUGGCCCAGAGUUGGGGGGGAGGUGGAGGGAGGGGAGGGUUAAAUUUGGGCAAUGCUAAGAAGGCAGCUGUGAAGGGGAAAUGGGGGGGGGGUGUCUAAAAAGCUGGAAGAGAGCGGUGGUUGAGUCCACUCGCAAUCUCCCCAGUCUAGAAGGACAGAAGAGAGAACAGAGCCAGAAGGGGGGCUGGGGAAAGGUUGUGGAAAGAGCUGAUAAGGGUCUGUGUCCGGGAGGGAGACAGUCCCCCGGGGUCCCAGAAGCCCCUAUCAGGCUGGCAUUUCCUCCCCAUCCCCACCCCCUUCCUGCCCUGACCAGGCCGUCCCUGGAGCUGGAAGGGAGAAGGACCCAGUCACAGCCUGAAGAAGCUCUGCAUCUCCGGAGGUCUUUUUUGCCGGCCAGUCCCCAUGCCUCUCCUCCUCUUGCUGCUCCUGCUGCCAGGCCCGUCACACCCCCACUCCAUCUGUGAGGUCACCAAAGUGGCCAGCCAGGUGGAAAUGAACUGUGAGAACAAGACGCUGAAGGCGCCGCCUCCAGAUCUGGAAGCAGAAACCACCAACCUCCACCUGGGUGAGAACCCGCUGGGCACCUUCUCCACCUCGUCCCUGGUGUAUCUGCCUCGCCUCACGCAGCUGCAUCUGGGGAAGUGCCAGCUGACCCGCCUGCAGGUGGACGGGAAGCUGCCGCGCCUGGAGACCCUGAGGCUCGCCCACAACAAGCUGAAAAGCCUGCCCUCACUGGGCCAGGCGCUGCCGGCGCUGGUCACCCUGGACGUCUCCUUCAACGAGCUGGCCUCCUUGUCUCCUGGCGUCCUGGAUGGCCUGAGCCACCUCCAGGAGCUCUACUUGCGGGGCAACAGGCUGAAGACUCUGCCCCCUGGCCUCCUGGCGCCCACCCCGAAGCUGAAGAAGCUCAACCUGGCAGAAAACCAGUUGAAGGAGCUGCCCCCCGGGUUGCUGGAUGGGUUGGAGGAACCCGACACGCUCUACCUCCAAGGAAACUGGCUGCGCACGAUCCCAGAGGGCUUCUUCGGGAGCCACCUCCUGCCUUUCGCUUUCCUCCACGACAACCCCUGGCUCUGUGACUGCGCGAUUCUCUAUUUCACACGCUGGCUGCAGACCAACAACGUGUACGAAUGGAAGGAGGGCGUGGACGUCAAGGUCAUGACACCCAACGUGCGGAGUGUGCGCUGCAGCAACUCGGACCCGGCCGAGUUCGUCUACACCUACAAAGGGGAGGGCUGCCCCACCCUGAGCCCUGAGGACAGCCUAGACUAUGACGUCUACGAUGACGAGGUGCCUGCCGCCAAGGCUGCGCCUGCGAGCACCUCGUCCCGCCACACCUGGGCCCCCACCACCUCCUGGGGCCUGCUUUACUCUGCCCCUACUACGCCCCUACACAACCACACGCCCUACUCGCCUUCAACUGAGGAAGAGGCCACAGCCCCAAGGGCUGCAGGAACCACCAUGUCCUUUGCAACUCUAGAACUCAGCCCAGAGCCCCUCACAACCACCCCAGAGCCCCUCACAACCACCCCAGAGCCCCUCACAACCACCCCAGAACCCCUCACAACCACCCCAGAACCCCUCACAACCACCCCAGAGCCUCUCACAACCACCCCGGAGCCCCUCACAACCACCCCGGAGCCCCUCACAACCACCCCAGAGCCCCUCACAACCACCCCGGAACCCCUCACAACCACCCCGGAGCCCCUCACAACCACCCCGGAGCCUACAACCCCGACAGCCCUGGAGCCCCGCACAACCCUGAAGGCCCCAGAGCCAACCAUAUUCUUAACUUCCACAGGACUCCCUAGUGCCUUAGAAUUCACCGUGACCACCAGCUCUGAAUAUGUCAACCUCUCGAAGUCCUUCGGGCUGGCCCCAGAGAACCUGGACAGCUCAAGAAACGACCCUUUUCUCAACUUGGACUCUUGCUGCCUCUCCCUGGUCUUCUAUGUCUUGGGUCUCCUCUGGCUCCUGUUUUCCUCUCUGAUCCUCAUCCUGCUGCUGAUCUGGGUCCGGCAGGUGAAACCACAGGCCCUGGCCACAGCCACGCACACCACGCAUCUAGAGCUGCAGAGGGAAAGGCAGGUGACGGUGCCCCGGGCCUGGCUGCUUUCCCUCCAAGGCUCGCUCCCCACUUUCCGCUCUAGCCUCUUCCUGUGGGUGCGGCCUAAUGGCCGCGUGGGGCCUCUGCUCCGGGGGCGGCGGCCCUCAGCCCUGAGUCAGGCUCGUGGUCAGGACCUGCUGGGGACAGUGGGCUUUAGGUACUCAGGCCACAGCCUCUGAGGAUGGCUGAUUUGGGGACCCGAGAGAGGCUCUCAUAGGUCUUCCUAUUGGGAUCCAGCGGGGG